AUGUCAGCAGGCGACGCAACAGAUUUCCCGCAAGGCGGCCGGAACACAGAUGACGCGAGCUUCAAGAAGACAUCAGUCGUAGUAGGAAAGCCAGAGACCACCGAUCAUAACAUCGCAGACGACUACGUCAAUGAUCCACCCAAAAACGUCGAGAACGCUCACCACGAUGAGCAAGACGGUCAGCAACAUGAUCUACAGAACAAGGGCACUUCGCAGCAGCCGUCAAAGCAGCAGCUAGACGACCAGGAGGAGAUGCGACAGAGAAUGAGCAAGAACUAG